CUUUCAUAUGUAAGCAAAAUAUACAUAAUUAAUGAAAUAUAUGAAUCAGAAUAGAGAGAAUUUAAUUGAAUUGGGAAAUCUAUAUCAAUAACAAGCCCUUAAUCUAAACCACUUUUUUCUCUCUUCAUUAUACAGUCCCCAAACUGCCUUCAGUGGCCAUGACUUCAGCUGGUUUCUGUCUGCUUCUAAAUGACACCAAGUUUGACACUUCGGGUAACACAGAGAUGCUCCCCAUCACCUGCGGCCACAUUCCAAAUUUACCUGUACUGGCAGGUGAAUGACGUCAUGGCCAUCUCCUCAAAGUAGGGAGUUCGUCCUGUGGCCGCUAUCACACUUUUUAACUCAUUGUUUACUUUCCCUGUAGCCUGUGUGGCCCUAACACAGCACUCACUUUAUGGACUGCUCUGUGCGGUGCUGUAAAGAACGUAAUUUUUUUAACCUUAUUUGUAACCCUAUACUGGCCACUUGUAACACUCUCUUUUCCUGGAAGAGAGUAGGUCCCUCAGUAUGCACAAGUUGAGGGGAGGCCCUGGUCCUCCCAUCCAGGAUAUAUAUGAAUUCUCUCCGGAUGAGGAGGACCCAAAAGUUUUUCUCGGGGCCAGGAUUGCAAAGGUGGUGUCCCCUGUGGAAAACUACAUCAGGUCUGAGCAUGAGCAAGCAGGCCUCUUCUCCUUGCCACAAAUGGAGGACCAGGAACUGAUGGAGCCUGUGAUACAACAGAAGAAGAAGCGUAAGAGAUGUGCUGUAUGUGGUCCUUGUAUGCGGAAGGAGAACUGCGGUACCUGCAGCAACUGCCUGAACAGAAAGGUUGGCCACCAGAUCUGCAAACUGAGAAAGUGUGAUGAGCUGAAGAGGAGAAAGAGCCUGUUGGAGGUGGAAUAUUUUGAAGACAUAAAAGCUCGGUCCAUUAUCCCAAACCUGGCUAAAGAGACUGUUUCUGUGGUGGGUUCAGUGGAUGGCCCCAGAGGAAGAGGCCAGAUGGAAAUUGAGUCCCAUGACCGCCUAGAAGAAGGCGUGUUAGACAAGGAACUAUCUAAUGGGCUAAGCAAACAUGCAACAAAUGAAGAAAAUAUUUGUGAUGAGGGCGGUGGAGACGUGGCCAGGGAGCAACACCAGCACAGCCACCACAUAAAACCUAGAGUUAUUUCCCAGACACGAGGCUGGGGCUCUGAGCAUGCUGGAAAGUUGACGAAUCUUGAAUCUCAACAGGGUGCUUGGAGUGACCGAAACCCCAGCACACAAGUGAAUGAUGUGGAUAUGGAAGAUGCAAGGACCCUGGUGGCCUUUUCUGCCACUGUAGGGUCACUGGCCCCUUACAGCAUUCAUCAACCUUCCCCGACUCUUACAGCUCAGCUGUAUGAAAGGUUCAACCAGGAGAUGUCUAAUGGAGGUGAAAAGGCCAGGCAGAAAGGUGUGGAUGGUGAGUUUUUUCCUACUGAAGAUCUAGACACUCUUCAGGCUGCACUGAGCAAGGCCCGUGAUGGCCACAAGCCACCUAACUGUGAUUGCGAUGGCCCAGACUGCCCUGACUACCUGGAGUGGCUGAAAAAGCAAAUCAAAAUGGUGACUAAUUGUCAGGAAAAAGGGUCCUAUAAGGUUUCUGAUGCUCCUCCACAGCCACACUUACAGCAUCGUUAUGCUCAAUCCCAACCUCAACAAUGUGGAAGUAACCCCUUAUGUCAGCAAGACACAAAUCCACAGCCCUCUGUUAACCAGCCUUCAGCUCCAAGACCCUUUGGCCCACCAGCACCUAUUCCCUGUUCCCCCAGUGUUCUAUCCAUAGCCAAGGAGAGAAAUGUUAGCUUGCAAACAGCUAUUGCAAUUGAGGCCCUGACACAGCUGUCUGCUACUAUCCCACAAACUGUUGUUCCUUCAGGUGAGUUUUCACCUGCAAAUAACCAUCAUCAUUUGCCAACCUCCUACCCCCAGAGUAAGCCACAAUUUGUCUCUUCAUCCCCUGGCCCUCUUUCGUCCUCCUCUGCUACGCCACAUUCCAUCCAUCCUGGAAAUUACCCUAAACAGGACCCAUCGUCAUGGGAGCAGCAGAAGCCUCAGUCUCAGGGUGAUACCUCUGCAACUAACAUUAUGCCAAGCUCAUCUCACUAUGUUACCCAGUACCCAUCCUCAAAGUCCCCAUUUACAGGCCUCCACUCCUCAACCCUUAACCCCCGACCCCAGCAGCAGGGCACAACUGGAAGCUGUGAGAAAAGCUCCCCACAGAACUCAUGGAUGAUGAACUCUGAAUCCCAGCCUCAUUUUGUAAACCCAUCCCAUGGCAGCAGUGACCCAGUGUCUGAGCUGAAGCAGCUCCUUGGAGACACUGGUGGAAAGUACACCAACUCAGCCUUCAAAUUUCCACUCCCUCAACUCAGCCUUCAAGAUGGUCGCAAGGGCAGCCUUACUGGGGUGCCUCACAUCAAGCAGGAGGUGGAUACAAAGGAUUACUCGGGAUCAGGGUGUCUAGUCAUGGGCAAAGAAGGGAUGGUAAAUGGCCAGCAGCAGUUCCAUAGUCAGCAGUUUUCACCCUCCAUUAGGCACUCAACUCAGGCAGCACUACAGCAGCACCUUCACCAUAAACGCAACCUCUUCUCUAACUCGCCAGCCUUCAGUCCAUUAGCCCCAAUGGCUUGUCAGAACCUCCGCAAAUGGUGGCCACAGACUUUGCCAGAGACUCCAGUAACCAUCAAGCAGGAGCACAAAGAGCCAAAAAAGAAAAAGAGUGCUCAAAGUUUUCCUCUUCUAAAAUACCCAGUUGGUGGGAUAUAUAGUCCAUUGGGCCCACCUCUUCCAAAACCUAAACAGAUUGUUAUCAAGAAGCAUAAACAGAAAGCUUCACAACCAACUUUUCUCCCACACAACCAGAUUACAAUAUCAAAAACUCCACUCAUCACCCCAGGGUAUGCACCAUCCCUAUGCCAGCUUGCUCCAUAUUUACCAGGCAUGGAAAAUGGGCUUCCCCCCUCUCAGGUGGCUGAGAGCCACCCAGCUCCAGCCCAAUCUCAGGAAUCCACUUCAAAUAGCAGUAGUGCACCCAUAUCUGAAAACACUCAGUCUUCUACCCCUGUAUCUGUCAGAGCACCAUCCAACCAGAAGGUGAUGGCUUGUUCAGGCCCAGCCAGGUCAAAUGAAAGUGUCCCAACGACCAGUAUCAGACCUCAAACAUCUACUACACAGUCUUCUCCCUCUCUGACUGGCCUCAGUACCCUAGAUCCAAAAUUUGAAGAUCUGAUUCGCCAGUUUGAGGAGGAGUUUGGGGACACCAUGUCCUCAGCUUCUGCAGCAGAGACCCCAGAGCAUGGCACAUUUCAGCCAGUGGUGACCGAGUCGCAACCAAACUCAAACUCAGGACAAGCCAGACAUGAGUCACCAUCCCCAAAGCAGCCAAAUAACUGCCCUCCUGUUCCUACCACUGAGUCUGAGCCCAUGUAUGAACAUCAAAAGUGGAUGACUGAGAGAGUGAAGGAAGAAACACCAUUAGUAUCUGAGCAGCUCUAUAGUGUCAAAGAGGAAAGUGAGGAAUGUGAGGUGGAUGUAAAACCUGGACAGCUCCUGUCUGUUCCUCAGGGGGCAGUACUGGAGCGACAUCAGCCCUUCAUCACACCUUUCACCCCUCCAACAAAGCGUAUGAAAAUUGAGUCAUCUGGUGGCGUGACCGUGCUCUCCACAACUGCGUGCUUCUCUGCAGAUGGAGAAGAUAAAGAUUUGGAUACUCCCAACAAGGAUAUCUUCCCUGCCUCCCCUUCACUUAAAGGUUUUCUCGAGUCACCGCUGCGCUAUCUAGACACUCCCACCAAGAGCCUGCUGGAUACACCUGUGAAAGAUGCCCAAGUUGAUUUUCCCACCUGUGACUGUGUGGACCAAAUCCUAGAGAAGGAUGAGGGUCCAUAUUACAAUCAUUUGGGAUCUGGGCCAACCGUGGCUGCAGUCAGAGAACUGAUGGAAAAGAGGUAUGGGGAGAAGGGUGAAGCCAUUCGUAUUGAGAAGUUGGUUUACACAGGGCGAGAGGGGAAGAGCUCUCAGGGAUGUCCUAUUGCUAAGUGGGUUAUUCGUCGCAGCAGUGAGGCAGAGAAAUUAUUAUGUCUGGUGAAGCAACGGCCUGGGCAUCACUGUGCCAAUACUGUCAUUAUUGUUGUCAUACUGGCCUGGGAAGGUGUGCCUCAUGCUCUGGGAGAUAAACUGUAUCGAGAACUCACAGAAACAAUCACCAAAUACGGCAACGCCACCAGCCGCCGCUGUGGACUCAAUGACGGUCGAACCUGUGCAUGCCAAGGGAAGGACCCAGAUAAAUGUGGCGCUUCCUUCUCUUUUGGCUGCUCCUGGAGUAUGUACUUCAAUGGAUGCAAGUACGCUCGAAGCAAAACCCCUCGCAAGUUCAGACUGCAGGGAGAACACCCCAAAGAGGAGGACUAUCUCAGGGAUAAUUUCCAAAACUUGGCCACUCACGUGGCCCCUCUGUAUAAUCAACUUGCUCCCCAGGCCUACAGUAACCAGUGUGUUAGUGAGAACAUUGCUUCAGACUGUCGGCUGGGGUUGAAGGAAGGACGGCCAUUUUCCGGAGUCACUGCAUGCAUGGAUUUCUGUGCCCAUGCUCACAAAGACCAGCAUAACCUCCACAAUGGCUGUACUGUGGUGUGCACUUUUACAAAAGAGGACAAUCGCUCAGUGGGCACGAUCCCAGAUGAUGAGCAGCUGCAUGUGCUUCCGCUCUACAAGAUCUCUCUAACGGAUGAAAAUGGUAGCGAGGAGAACCAGCGCCUAAAAAUGCAAACAGGAGCCAUUCAGGUGCUUGCUAACUUCCGUAGAGAGGUUAGGAAACUUCCAGAACCUGCUAAAUCCUGCCGGCAGCGUCGCAUGGAGGCCAAAAAGGCCGCUUCAGAGAAGAAGAACAAGAAACUGCAGCUUGCAGAAACCCCAGAGAAGACUAUCAAGAUGGAGACGCACCAUGCAGAUUCACCCUACCUUCAGCAAGGCAAUAAAGCUAUUCCAAAACAGGAGGUGAAGCCCACCAUCAAAAAAGAGCCUGUUGACCGCUUCCAGCCCUUCAAUGGUGCCAUACAUGGCUACCCAGCACUUGGGAACGGCAAGGCAACACCAGAUCCCCACAGCAUGAACAGUUCAUUCUCCUACCCCUGUAACUAUGCAAGAGGUUGCAUCCCUAACAACAGCCAACCUCCUGCACAGAGCCCCAUCAAUGGCUUUCACCCUAACCUCCAGGCCAUGCGAUAUGGAUACUACAACUACCCUCCAAAUGCACUUUUUCCUCCUGAGCUCUUGAGUUAUGGUAAUGAAGCCUGGGUAAAAGCUGGAGAACCCCCUGCCACAUCAUUUGACCAGAAGCCAGAUGUUCAGAGUCUCCAAGCCAAGAUAGCACAGCCAUAUUCAAACCAAUAUGGGCAGACACAGCAACAAAUAAGUGAUUCAUCCAUUCAAGGCUACCCACACCCAUCAGACUUUUCACAGUCGCCUGUUCCACACAGUCGUACACCAUCAGUGUCACUUGAACAGACACAUUACUCAACACCCAUAAUUAAGCAGGAGCCUAUGGAUGUGCCACUAUAUGAUGGCAGAUCAGAUGAGCAAGGUCAGAGCUGCCCUAGCACUCCCAAUACCACUUCAAAGCCUGAAGGCUGGCCUGGGCACAAGCCAAAUGGCAGCCUAGUCUCUAAAGGCUGGGAAGGAAACCACAGGCCAAGUUCAGCAAAUUUUCCCCUUACUUCAGAUAAGCAGAGGCUCCACCAGCAACACAGACACCAACAUGAGCACCCCCAGUAUAUACAGCAGCAACAGUGGAAUUCCUAUCCCCACCCUAGCACUCCAAUGUCAUCCCCUGCCCCAUCUCCCUCCCCAUCCAUAAACGCAGGUCUUUCCCCUGCUCUCUCUCCACACCCGUCCACCCCACGACAGUGGGAUAGCCCUGCCCCAAGUCCACAACCUAAGGCAUGGGGUCCUUAUGGUCCUAUUGGUUAUGGUGCUGGUGGUCUUAGGCAAGACAACCCUACUGGUGCUUUCCCUGACAAAAUCCUAUCAUAUGCAGGUGAGAAUUGUGGCUCUGCUCCUCUAGGACUGCAGGAGAAAGCCUGGAAAUCUGGGGGUGGUUACGCAGCAGGCAGCACACUGUCUCCGGCUCCUGAGGGUCGCUUGUUCCCUGAUGCACUGCAGAGAUCCAAUGGGCAGGCAUGCUGGGACAGUGAGGCAGAGGCCCAGAGUGAGCAUGACCCUGAAGAGGAAGAGGUGUGGUCAGACAGCGAGCACAACUUUUUGGACCCUAACAUUGGAGGAGUAGCAGUGGCCCCUGCUCAUGGCUCUGUCUUGAUUGAAUGUGCCCGUCGGGAGCUUCAUGCUACCACACCACUUAAAAAGCCUGACCGUACCCACCCAAGCCGUAUUUCCCUGGUCUUCUACCAGCACAAGAACCUUAACCAGCCCUGCCAUGGCUUGGCUUUGUGGGAGGCCAAGAUGAAACUCCUAGCUGAGCGAGCGCGACAGCGGCAACAAGAAGCAGCUCUUUUGGGUCUCUCCCAAGAUGAAAUUAAGGCCUAUGGGAAGAAGCGCAAGUGGGCGGCUGGAUCAGCAAGCCCAUCCCCAGGACAGACCAAGGACAAACGAGAUGGUGUGGUGACACGGAUGGCACCCACACAGCAUACCACCACCAUAGUCAAUGUUUCACCCUACCCGUCCACACACCUCACUGGCCCUUACAGUCGGUUUGUGUGAACACUCGUAGACUGUUGCUCCCUGGAGCCAGAUAAGGGAAAAGAAAUAAGGAUCAUGAAUCUUACUCCUUUACCAUUUGCGUCCCUUCUUCUAGCUCUAACACCUCUCUCAGGUCACCACAAGGGAGGGAGAAAAAAGGAAGGGGCACUUUUUUUUCAUUUACCUCAAAUAUUGGCAGCAGUUUGGGAACUCCCCAAAUGGACACGCUGUCUAUGGUGCUCUUGCUCUCUCCAACGUGGGAGGGAUUUCCAUAGCUACCCCUCCUUAAGUGAAUUUGAUGAUCCUAAUUAUUAUUGAUCUAUUAUCAAUAUUAUUACAAUUGCUAUUGUUACUGUCAACGUUGAUAUUACAGGUAUUGUUAUUAUAUUAUAAAGAUUAAUAUUUUUUAUUUGAAUUUUAUUGUUUUUUCAUCAUCGUUUUUAAUAUUUAGAUUUACCCCCUUUGGCUAAGAGGGACGUACUUUUCUCAUUCUCGCUUGUUUAAUAUGAACAUGACAACAAGCUAAUCAGCAUUUUUUUUUUGCGCUUUUCGCCUUUUCCACCCAUCAACCUAUCUAUAAAAGAAUCGCCUUCACACCGUUGCAAGUCAUAUUUAUGUGACUGCAUUAAGGCAACUCUAGAGUAUCAGCUCCUAACUGUAGUCACUGAACAUGUGACCAAAAUUAGAAAGAGAGUACCUGACAACAGCUUGGGCCUUUCUGUUUGGUGCCACUCAAUGAAAUCUGUAAAGUUUCUCAUCCCUUCAAAUGGUGCUUAUUUUCUGUCUCAAGAGUCUCUAAUUUUGCUCUCACAAUAUUGAGGCAGGUGCUGGACUUGGGUGCUCUUUAGCAGCAGAUGUCAAUCAAGUUCAGUUACAGGAACCUCUCAGUCCUGGUAAUUGGCUCAAAUUUCCAUCUUGUCAUCUGAUUGGUGCUGAUUAAUUUGCCUGUGGUGCAGUUUCAUUGGCUAUUCUUCACUACCCAUGGGGCAUUUUUUAGACUAAGCUCUCUGAGGUGCUGGUAAUGCUAGCAAAAAUCCACCUCAAUAAAAACAGCCCUUAAGAGCUACAAAUAACCUACAAUGGGUCUUAAGCUUGUGAUUUUCUUAUAGAAUAAACAAUCCAUACUCCGCUCACAGAGAAUUCUAAACUUUAGCCAUUUUUUAAUUGGCUUGAAAUUCUGCAGUCUUUGCUUUGCUCACUUCAGACUGACUGAUCUGCAGAGACUUAAAGCUUCAGUAGGUAAGAGAAAGUUUAUUAAAAUAAUAACUUAGAUGAGUAUCUAAAGAUAUGUAACAUUGUUUGAUCUAGUCGUUUCUGUCAGCAGACUGACAGAGGAUAAAUUACCUAACUGGUUCUCAAUUGUCAAUUAUUGUUUUGUUUUUUUGUGUGUUUUUUACCAUGGGUUUCCCAACAAAACUGGCCUUAGUGAAACUAAAAAUGUCUUCCGUAACCUGAUUAAUCUAUAACUACCCAUUUGUUAUAAUGAUGUUAAUCUAAGUUAUUAUUUUCUUGUUUUCAUACCCACUGCUGGUUAAAUCCACCAGCCUAAUGGACAGCAGAGUUAGUAGAGUUAGUGCUACUAUGAGGAUUUUACGCUCCUGUAAAUCGCCCCACUUGUUAUAAGCAAACCUCUUCUCUCUUUUUGGACUGAGAGGUUACUCAAAACUCAUUCAUGGUGCUGAUUGGCAAUGCAUACAGUUUCAGUUGAUCGUUGUUGCAUAAUGCAUAUGUCUGUUUGCUUGUGUGUGUUUGUGUGCACAUGCAUGGAUUCAAAACAUGCACACUGGUUAGAAUGUAUGUGUACCAGUGUGACUGCUUGUCCAUGCGUGUGUGAGCUACAUAUAGGGCGCAAGCAGGGCUGCCGCUGGUUUACAUAGGGCUGCAAGAUGCUUAACACUCACAGAGGAGAGAUCCUGGUGCUCACUAAGUGGUCCUAAAGCUCUUUACCUCAUGUUGUACAGACACUGGUCCCAGUCACAACAUGCUACAAAUACAUGGACGCUACAGACUGCAGGCUUGCUGCCUACAUCCACAUUCGUACCUACUUUUUUUUUUUAUUGUUAUUUAUUAUAUGAUAAUGAUAAUGAUGAUGAUGAUUGUUAUUGUGAUUGCUGUCAUUUUAUAUAUAUAUAUUUUUUUUGGUUGGUUAUUUUAGAGAAAUUGUAAAUAUUGAAGAGAGGAUUUUAUAAAAGCACUUUUAACCUUGAUUUUAAUGGAGAAAAAAAUAAGAACGGAUUAUUGACAACUUGAAACCUAGUUUUUGAUUUAAUGGAAUUUUAUUGGGAGAGAUAGAAAUGUAAAUAGUUAAAUAUUUAGGUAAGAUUAUUUAACUGGUGAGGGAUGAUGGCCUAAUCACGAAUUAAUUCAGAUUUUUUUAAGUCUUCAGUUUUCUGUAUGUCAAGUCGUCAACAGAGCACAAACCAUGAUGCUUUGUUGGUCUACUCAAGAUACUGCUGUCCUUUCGUGAGUACUGUAUUUACACCAAUACCUCUACUACCAUUAUCACCGGCUUUCUUCCCCUGCAUCUGAUGCAUCCAAACAAGUGAAAACUUGUUGAUCAAUACUAACACCGUUCGCAACUCACAUUUCUUUGAAAGGGAGUGCAAGUAAAUCACGUUUAUAUGAAAAUUGCCCAAGGAACCGAAAAAAUAUCGCGUGUAACAUUGCAGUUGCACUCUGUUUCUAAUGUGACUGCUUAAGAGUGUAAUUCUUCAUUUUUAUUUUAUUAAAUAUCAUGUGGGGUGAGUCUUACAUAACUUACAUUUAAUGUGCACUCACAUUAUAUUAUCUUGGUUGUUCUUGGAAAUGUUGGACUUAACCCUGAAGUAAAAAAACAAAAAUGUUUCAAGAUUGCUCUUGCCUAAUUCAGUUUUACUCACCCUAAAUGGCUUUUAACCAUGGUGCUACCCCUUAAAGUUCACUGUGGAAAUGACUCUUAGCAAAAACUGUUGCUAUAGGCUCUUAAAUUAAAAUGCGAACUCUGUUUGAGAGAAUAGAAAACCUUUAUGGUGCUGAUCAUUUUUUUAAUCUUUUUACAAUUAUUUCUAAGAGGUUUCUGAUGUUCACUGUCAACAAUAAAAAAAAAAAAGCACUCCAACAGUUAUCCUUUGUAGUCCUCACCCUAAAUAAUUGAAAUGGUACUUGAAGUGCAUGAUGACAGGUAGAGGAAUAGGUACUCAUGCUGAUGAUGUGAAUAGACUGUUAAUGUAAUAUUCUGGUGCUACCUGAACUGCCCAGAUAUUCGUUUUCACCCAUGUUGGACUUUUAUAAAUGUUUUCAUUUUCUUGGUUAUACACAUACUUUUCUUUAUUCACACCUUCCAUUUGGGCACAGUCACACAAGCACACACACACACACACACACACACACACACACACACACACUACUCUCUGCCCCUUCUAUCAGCACUCACUCACGUUAAAGUAUCGAUUAUGCCCAGUUUUAAACAUAAAAAUGACAAAAUGUGUAAACAAAAAGGAGGGUAAAAGAAAAAACUGGCAGCUACAUUCCUUUAUGAGUUAAAAAUUGUUCUUGGUUCUAUUUUUCAUGUUGAGUAUGCAGUAUGUAAAAAGUGUUAUCUUUUGUUUGGUCUCUCUCCUUGUAGCUGUAUGGUGUAUUAUGUGAAUACAAUAGUGUAUGUGGUAAGAUCCACAAUACUGUUUUAUGUUCUAAACUAAGAAAAAAUAAAAAUAAUAGAACUAAA